AAGUGCACCCAAAAUUAUUCUGUAAGGCACUAUGAAUGUGAUGAAAAAAGGUUACAACGUAUGAUCAACGAGGCUGCGACUGAUUCUCAAACUUUUUAGUAGAUAAGAUCACCCAAUGUAAUCGUUGACAAAGAAUAAGAUCACUUUAAUUAACCUAUGCUGAAAUGCUAAAACGUUAUGUGGUUCCUCCCUCUCAUUAAAUCCCAAUUGCCCACUACAGAGAAAUCAAAACACACAAAAUGAAAAAUUUGCUUACAUCUGAUUUUGGAGUUCUUUUGAUUUGAUUAAACGAAUCUGUUCACACGUACACUUAAAAGUCUUAAACCAUUCAUAAAACAGUCAUACAACUUAUACAAGGUUCAAGUUCCCUACGGGAAGAAACUCUAACGACCGUUAAUUUGAUUCUACUAGAUUCUAUUGGUCAAACCAAAAUCACAUAUACACUACUUUGUUACGUUUGCAUGAUUCUAAAUCUAACAUUUGAUUUUGGCCUCUUUUCAGUAAACUACAUUAUUAGUUCAUGGCCUUAUAUAUUCUUCUGUACGUGCAAAAGUCAAAUUUUUAUAGUUAAUUAUCUGAUCCGGUCGCCACUUAGUGACUAAAUUGUAGAUUAAAUAUCAUAUUGCUUGAUCCGAGUUUGGAAUAAUUUUUUGACUAAUACCAACGAUUAGUCAAAUUAUUGUUACUGGACUAUUGUAAACUGCAUGGGCCGAAAGUCAAACCCAAACUGACCAAGUAGCUACAACUUUGUAAGUCCUAUAUGUAAUAACUUAAAAUCUGUUGUUUUAUUGUGAUUGUUUGUUUUGGUGAAAUAGUGUUUAAAGAAGUGAAGAAGGAUUGUUGUGGGAGUGGACCGUUUAGGGGAGCAGUACGUGCGGAUACAGAUCAGGAACGUCCCGUGAUUGAGAAACUUUCACUAAAGUUUAGUUGCUCACCACAAAAAGAAAAUAAUUUACGAAAAUGAAAAGAUUUACGCCGAAAAAAAUGAAGAUUUGCAUUUGAUAUGGUAUUCGUUUUGAUUUGAUUAAACUAAUCAGUUCACAUGAUACAGUUAAACUUUUCCAUUGACCAGCAGUCCCGUGAAAGACAAGAAACUAAUAUAUAUCUUUCUAUUCAAUUAGUUCAAGCAUAUUUUUAUCCAAAUCUUGACUGACUAAUCCAACUGUAUUAUAUUUUAUAUAGUUCCCUCCCAUAUUCUAAUCACAUUUUGACAUUUCAAAGAGGAAUUUUUACAAUUUAAUUUUGGCGGAAAUUGUCCAGAAACGUCUGAUAUCAUUUCUCUUCAUUUUUUUCUAGCUCGCUUUGACUUGCUAUCAUCUAUAUAAACACAGGCGUUGUUCUACUUAUAUGGCACACACAUCUUAUAUAAAAAAUCAUCUUGAAGUACCAUUCAUAUGGCAAACAAUGGGCAAUUAUGUUCGAUAUUAUUACUCUUUUCAACUAUAUUUUCAUCGAUCAAUUUAAUAAGCUGCGAGAAAAGUUUGAUAACGAACCAAGCAGCAUUGUUCGUGUUCGGAGACUCCGUAUUCGACGUUGGAAACAAUAACUACAUCAACACACACCGAGCUGCUCAGGCUAAUGUUUGGCCGUAUGGCCAAACCACGUUCAAGUUCCCGACCGGGAGAAAUUCUGACGGCCGUUUGAUUCCAGAUUUUAUCGCGGAAUACGCUUGGUUACCAUUGAUACCACCUUAUCUACAGCCGGGAAAUGGUGUCAAUCAGUUUACCUACGGUGUUAAUUUCGCGUCUGCCGGCGCCGGAGCUUUGGUUGAAACAUAUCAACCACAGAAUCUGAUACCUUUGGGAAGCCAGUUAAACAACUUCAAAAACGUGGAGAAGAUGUUGAAAGAUAAACUAGGAGAUGCAGAGACCAAGAGGAUAAUCUCAAGAGCUGUUUAUCUCAUUCAGAUUGGUCCUAACGACUAUUUUUAUCCCUUCUCCGUUAACGCCUCUCAUUUUGAAUCCAAUAGCAAAGACAAAUUCGUGGAUUAUGUUAUCGGUAACACCACGACUGUGAUCGAGGGAAUUUAUAAACUGGGAGGAAGGAAGUUUGGGCUCAUGAACAUGGGUCGACUCGACUGUGUUCCGGGACUGCUAACCAUGGACCCAAAUAGAAUAGGAUCAUGUUUCGAACCCAUCACUGAGUUGAUAAAACUUCACAACGUAAGGAUUCCGAAUGUCUUGAGAGGUUUACAGCGUCGAUUACCCGGUUUCAAAUACUCGCUCUUCGACUCCUACACUGCUGGAACCGAAGCUAUGGAGAACCCCACAAAAUAUGGGUUUAAGGAAGUGAAGAAGGCUUGUUGUGGAAGUGGACCGUUCAGGGGAAGCAGUACGUGUGGGUACCGAGCAGGAACAUCACGUGAUUUCGAGUUAUGCGAAAAUGUCAGUGACUACAUGUUCUUCGAUGGCUCACACACGUCUGAGAAGGCUAAUCAACAGACCGCUGAGUUGAUGUGGGACGGUCCGUCUGAUCUUGUUGGACCCUACACUCUCAAGACCUUGUUUCAAAACUUUUAGAUUAAUUGAAAGAUUGAUCGAUGAAUCCAGAACAGAUGUGUUACGAAGGAUGAUAAACUUGAUGGUUGUAUGAUAAUAAUUUGAUAAAUAAAUAGUAUGAUAUAUGAAUGAAAUC